AUGGCGACGACGGGAACAGGGUGUGGCCAUCUGCACUUCCUGUCGGGCCUGCUGUUCCUCCUCUGGCCUGAAGGGGGCCUCAGUCUGGAGCUGCUACCCUCCACCUCCAGAGUCAUCCUGCCCCAGGGCUCCAACUACAGCACAGUGUGUUCGGGCUGGAGUGAAGUCAGCUGGGCGUUGCCGGGGGAAGCAGAAGUGGGCGUGUCCGUGGAGGACUAUGGCUCCUCCGCCGUCCUCAGCCUCACUAACGCCACCUGGAGGCAGUCGGGGAGAUACACAUGUUCUGAGGAGGACUCUGAGCUGAGCAGGAGUCUGGACCUGUUUGUGCCCGGUGAUGGUCCGUCACAGUGGCUCCUCCCCUCCCCGGUUGCCGUGGUGAUGCGGAGCUCUCUCUAUGGCCUGGUCCCCUGUGUGGUGUCUGACCCGGAUCUGCAGGUGGCGCUGUGGCUGCGCUCGGGUUCAGAACGGGUCCCGGUGAGUCCGGUCCAGUUCAACCCGGCUCUGGGCUUCACAGCACUCCUCAACGACUCCUCCUACAUCUGCAGUGCUCGUCGCGGCCAGCAGGAGGUGCUGUCCCAGGUCUACUACGUCUACAGCGUCAUCGGUCCAGAGCAGCUCCUGGUGGACCUCCAGGCCUCUGCUGUCGUCCUCAGACGUGGAGAUCCUCUGAUGGUGAACUGCACUGUCUCCGAGUCUGAGUCUGUUUACUUCUCCUGGAGCUUCCCCCGAAAACACUACGACAAAGCAGAGCAGGUGGAGCCGCUCACGGAGCUGCUCUCUAACCAGAUCCGCUCCAUCAUCAACAUCUCUGAGAGCACAGAGCAAGACUCAGGACUCUACGUCUGCUCUGUGGAGGAGUCGCUUCAGAAGCAGAAGUUUGAGAAGGUUCUGAACAUCACUGUGCUCUCUCGUGGCUUUGUGGAUCUCUCUCCGUCUGAGUCCACUCUGGUCCAGACGCUGCUUCACCACACGGUGGCGCUAUCUCUGCACAUACGGGCGUUCCCUGCCCCCAAUGUCACCUGGAGCAUCACCACGGCGACUGGCAACAGAUCUGUCACCCCAGCGAUUGUUAACAGAACCGUCACCACGAGCGCUGCUGCUGCCACAACAACAUCAGCAUCCACGACCAGGCUCUCGCACGCCAGGUUUCUCACGGUGCUCCGUUUGGAGGAAGUACAGAUGAACCAAACAGGAAGGUACCUGGCCACGGUUUCCAAUGACGACGAAAUCAAAGAGGUGGAGUUCAGACUGGAGGUCAGAGUACCCCCUCGGAUCCUCGCACUGUCAGAGGUGGGUGUGGCAUCAGUCAUGUGUGUGUGUGAAGGAGCUCCGCCCCCAAAACUCACCUGGUUCAUCUGCCCCUCCAACCUCAGAUGCAGUGACAGCGGUUGGAGAAACAUUUCUGAAUCCAUCAGCGAAACUUCUACAGAAAAAGACAGAGUCACUGAGGUCCACAGCGUCUUGACCCUGAAGUCCUUGGACUCGGUUUCUUCAGUUCGUUGUGAAGUGAAAAACUCUGUGGGACGACGAGCGUGGGACCUGAGGCUGGUACCCCCCUGUGAGAUCUCCUACCAGGACUCCAACUACAGGCGCUCUAUUCCAGCUGAAGAGCGCCUGUCCAUCUGUCUGCGGUUUCUUGCCACUGGGGACUCCUACAGGACCAUUGCGGGGAGCUUCAGAGCGGGCAUAUCCACCGUCUCCAUGCUCAUCCCAGAUGUGGUGGCAGCCAUCUGGGACUGCCUCGUGGAGGAGUUCAUGGCUGUGCCUGGAGCAGAGGAGUGGAGGACUCUUGUGGUUCUUCUCUCCCCUCGUUCUGUACUCUGUCCGGGGACCAUGGACCCCGCGCUCCUCGCCCUCUGCACCGAGGCACUGUCUGCGCUCACCGGGUGCCUUGUGCGUCCCACCACGGGGCCGUCACAGCUGACCCCGCAGGAUUUUGUGAAUAUCGCCAAUCUGCGUCAGUUCUAUCGGAGAGAAGGUCUGUGUGCGCUGGAGUACCCGAGCCUGGGGAGUCUGUCUCUGAGGCAGGGGGACCAAGAGGAGGACCUGUACAGCGCCCCCCUGGCUCUCGCAGAUCAGCCCCACGCGCUCCCAGUCCCGGGCCCCUUUCCGCCCGUGGUCGACAUUAACCCGCAGGACUUUUUCGACCCACAGUACAACUACGACUUCACUAACGUCCAGGACGGAGGAAUGCGCUUCCUUCGCGGUAACGAGCCAUAUUUCCGCCCGUGUGGCUGGCGGCGUGUGGCCCUGAACGUGUCGAGAAAAUACGACAGCGGCAGCGACGUGUGGCUGAGCACCGGAGCUGAGGCCUGGCCCGUAUCAUACCAGGGACGCCAUAUGGACGGGGCGCUAAUCCUGACGAGCAGGAAGGUUGGUAGCCAGGAGGGUGGGCUUCUGGAUGAAGCCGCACAGGCCCUGCUCCAACACUCGCCUCUGGGUCGUGGCAUCUACUCCAGUCCAGAUGUGCGUCUGGCAGAGAAACAGAGCGACGGGAAAACCUACAAAGUCCUGCUCCAGAACCGGAUAAACCCGGAGCACCGGCGGGACUGCGAGCGGGAGGGUGUGUGGGUGGUCUACGUGCCCCAGAACUACAACGAUCUCCAGACCCGAGUCCUGGUCCAAGAGUCUGUGCGAGCCUACGGCCUGCUGCUGAAACAGGCCUGA